UGACUUCUAUUUCUUUCUUCAAGAGAUUCAAGACAGAGUGGCAGGCAAGGGGGCAACAGUUAUACAGUUACUAUGAAAAGGCGUGAGAAUAUCCGUAUCGGACCUGAUUCACCAUGAACAACGCGGCCCAGAGCACAAGUGAAGUUUCAAAUUACGGCCCAUUAAGCGCUGGAACGACGCCGUUCUAGUCCACAUAUUCCGAGGGUUUCUCUCUUACUUUAAAGAACGGAAAGUUAAGCCCUUUCGAUAAACCCUACUCAAAAGAACAAAAAGAACUCUAAAAAGAAAUUCGAUUGGGAAAGACAAGAUCCAGUAUGGACAAGAACAUGUUGGCAGGGCUCGAGGGUCUCCCUGAAGAAGAUAAGAUCCGAAUGUCUGCCAUGAUCGACCACCUACAGCUACGUGACAGUCUGAGAAUGUACAAUUCACUUGUGGAGAGAUGCUUCAAUGAUUGUGUGGACAACUUUACUCGCAAGACUUUGCAGAAGCAAGAGGAGACCUGUGUCAUGCGGUGUGCAGAGAAGUUCUUGAAGCAUUCUAUGCGUGUAGGCCUGAGGUUUGCAGAACUUAACUCGCAGGCAGCAACACAAGAUUAAAGCGUAAUAAACAACCAUAAAUGGGCGUUAAAAAGUUUUUGCUUAACAUGUAGAAUUUUCUUUUUGGAUAAAUACGGUUUGCCCUCGACAGAUGAAAGGCAAGAUAUUGCAGGGGGUUAACGAUUGUUGCUCUUGAAAGAAUUUGUUGUUGAUUUCCGAUUGAGGAAUUAAAUACUGUUGAAUAGAUACAUGUCAUGCAGGAUGGUUCAUUCACCUUGAUAGUUAAUGAGCAAAAAGUGAAUGACUUUAUUUCCCAGUACAACUGUCUUUUUCAAUACAUGAUUUCUAUGCGGAUUAAUAUUUCAUCCCUGUUGGAUUCCUUUGAGCUGUUGGAGUGGAAUUAAUAAAAUAUAGAGUUUGACAGUUCAUCAAGUAUAGAGUUUUACCGACAGAUCACCAAAUAUAGAUUCUUUGCAAAACCCACAAACACAAAGCCAAGGAUUUGCUUGAGAAGUUUCGUCCCAAUGAUUUAGAUCUUCUUUAUAAACAGUUGCCCCAAGAUCACCGGUCACCUACUAUCUUUAUUUAUUUAAACACUAUAUCCAUUGUGCAAUGUUCAUUCUUUUCAGGAAGUUAUGAUUGAAUUCUAGUUUAUGUUUCAAGCUGCCUUAAAACUCUAUGCAACUGCUCCACAAA